CAGGGAAGAGGCCUGACGGGCUGCGCGGGAACCUGCGACUUGGAACUGGAACUGGAACCAACCUGCCCGUGAGCUGAGGUGACGGGGGGGCCGUCACCCGUGAAGACGAACCACCGCCACGAACCACUUGCACUUGAACUGGCACUUGCACCUGCGACCUGCGUCUGUCAUCUGCCAUCUACACAUCAAAAUCCCCGCCCUUCCGACACAUUCAACUCCCCGCCGAGACAACCGAAGAAAACCAACUUCGACGUCCCCUACUUUCAACCACCGAUUCAUGGUCUCGUAGCUAUCGUCCUCCGUCUUCCACGAUGUCCGGCCGCAAGCUGGGAGGCGGCCGCAUCUUGGGCAGCGGCAAGGGCCUCGCCCCUCCCACGCCUCCCGCCAUCAACGGCCACCAACGCACACCUAGUCCCUUUGCUCCCUCAGAAAGCACCCUGUCCCUCAACUCUUCCUCGGCGUCGCCUCCAGUAUCGAGCCCUUUACCCGGCUUUGCUCAGGAUCUUGGAUCCAACAUUAGUGUUGGCGGUCCAUCGAGAUCCGCGACUUCGAGUUCGAAGCUAGUCUGCCCAAUAUGUGAGGAGGAAAUGUUGACGCUGCUUCAACUCAACAGACACAUCGACGAUAACCACCAAGAACUUCCCGAAGUCGAACAAGAUGAGGUCCGCACCUGGUUCGACAAGCAGGUGCUCAAGGCCAAACGAUUCCAGCCACUAUCUAUAAUCAACCAAAAACUGCGAGGCCUCGACGUCUUCGAAUCCAACGAGUCCCUGCCCAUCGCCCCGCCCACGACCGCGAAGCUCAUCGAGGGGCCGAUAGACCCAGACGAGCUCAUUACUCGAUCGCAUUGGCAACGCCAAACGAGCAACGACCGAUGCACCGACCCAACCUGCGGGAAAGGCCUCGGGGCUGUCAAUGGAAGCAUCAACUGUAGGAAUUGCGGCAGGCUGUUCUGUGAGGAGCAUACAAUGUACCAGAUGAAGCUGUCGAGGUCUGCCCAGCACGACCCCGUGCGGGGAUACUGGGUCCGAGUCUGCGAGACGUGUUACAAGUCGAGAGAUGGCUACAACGACCACAACGGUGUCCUGAUCGACCACACUUCGACAUUUGCGGAGAUGCGACGAAAGAGGGUGGAGAGGCAGAACCUCGAAGUGGCUAGGCUGGAAAAGCGUUUGACGAAGCUGACGCAAUUGCUUGCGAAUGCGCCCGAAGAGGUCACGACAAACGGAGGAAGCCUUUUGUCGCCUGUCGCCGCCUUGGCAGGUCAGAAGAACCAGAGGAAACUGAUUGAGCAGUCGGUGGUUACGUGGGAGGACGACGCCUCCGUCACGCAAUGCCCAUAUUGCCAGCAAGAGUUUGGAUCUUGGACGUUUAGACGACAUCACUGCCGGAUAUGUGGCAGGGUGGUCUGCGCCGAUCCACUUACAGGCUGCUCGAGUGAAGUGGGCUUGAGCAUAGCCAGUCGUGAGUCUCAAUCCGCGGGAUCAUCACGAAUAUCGUGCCUAACAGUCUCAGCAACGAGCCCUGCGACGGAGAAGCCCCCGACGGCGGCACAGCCCGGCCAACUCAGCAUCGAUGUUCGCAUGUGCCGCGAGUGCAACCACACAAUCUUUGCAAAACGCGACUUUGCGUCCACCAUCUCCCACAAGCCAGCCGACCAGCGAGCGUACGAGACAUUGCGCCAGUUCGAGCGUGGUAUUCGCCAGCUUAUGCCCAUCUUCCAACGAACACUACUCGCGCUCCAGCCAGAGGGGGACGAUGGGGCUGAAUCAUCAAAACCACCUCCCACACAUGCUCAGAUUCAAGAGGCUUCGAAAAUCCGGAAACGUCUAACCGAUGCCUUUACCAAAUACGACACGGCCGCCCGUCGCCUCCGUGAUAUGAAGACAACCUCGAAGACGCAGCUUCGCUUACAGCAAGCCGUCUAUGCCGCAGCCUCCACAUUCUUGCAUACUCAUAUGUUGACUCUGAAGUCGGUGCCACAAAUCCUACGUUCUCGGUCAUCACAGGCAUCUCGCCUCCGCGCCCUACAGUCUGGUAGUGUGAAUGGUUCCUCAUCGUCCCUACACUUAUCACCACUCCGCAACCAGGAGCUCGCCGAAUCCGAAACAGCAAGCCAGGCAAGCGAGACCAGUACCGCCGUAUCAGCACUCGAGACGGAAGAGAAGGAGGCUCGCGAGCGUUUGGUUGUCCUGGAGGAGCAACGCUUCAUGGUGCAGCAAAUGGUGGACUCUGCACGGGAUGCACGGCGGUUUGAGGAGGUCAGCGCGCUUACACGUAACGUGGAAGAGUUGGACAGGGAAAUCGAAAGGGCGAAGAAGUUGGUGGGCGGCGUUGAGGAACGGUGGGAGGGCCUUUAUGCUUCUGGCCUGGCGCGGUGA